CGGGGCGGGCUAUGGACUAGACUGUGAAAGCCACCCCAUAACACAUUUCACUACAGCUCAAGAACACAGGAGCUCACAGGAUUACAAGUAAACAUGGAGGAUUACUUCGAUGAUGAUGAUGGCCUGAAUGAGACUUACGACUAUGAGGACUAUCACACAGUUUGUGAUAAAGAGGCUGUGCGCUCCUUUGGCAGUGUCUUCCUGCCUAUCAUCUACUCUGUGGCUCUAGUGGUGGGGCUGUCAGGAAACGCUUUGGUGGUGGUGGUCUACACUUCCCGUCUGCGCCUCCGCACCCUAACAGACGUGUGCAUUCUCAACCUGGCCAUCUCCGACCUGCUGCUCCUCUUCACGCUGCCUUUCUGGGCCGCAGACGCAGUUCACGGUUGGAGGUUGGGUUCUGCAGCUUGUAAGAUUACAUCUUUUGUCUAUGGCACUAACUUCAGUUGUGGCAUGCUGCUGCUGGCCUGCAUCAGUGUGGAUCGGUACAGAGCAGUGGCACAGGUUACCAGGGGCCGGCCAGGGAUAAGCUCUCGCCUCAGGAAACAGUGGCUGCUGGUGUGUGCUGCUUUGUGGGCUACAGCCAGUUUCCUCAGCCUUCCAGAGCUGAUAUUCUCCACAGUCAAACACUCCCACCACAGAACAUCAUGCACAGCGGUGUACCCCAUUCACAUGGCACGAGCUGCCAAAUCUGCCCUGGAGCUGCUGGAGCUAAUCCUCAGGUUCCUGGUGCCAUUUGUGGUGAUGGUGGUGUGCUACAGCUGGGUGGGCUGGACCCUGAGCAGAGGGGAAGGGGGGCGCAGGCAGAGGAAGUGGAGAGCCCUGCGUGUGCUACUGGCUGUGGUGGCUGUGUUCCUGUUCACUCAGAUGCCCUACACUCUGGUCAAACUGUGCCGCACACUGGACAUUAUCUAUCUGCUCGUGACGGACUGUGACACAAGUAAGAGCCUGGACCACGCUCUGCAGGUGACGGAGAGCCUGGCCCUCACACAUGCAUGUAUUAACCCCCUGCUCUAUGCCUUCAUGGGCUCAUCCUUUAGGCUGCACAUCCUGAAGGCUGUUAAACAUCUGGGCCAGCACCUGGACAGUCACCGGCGACAACCGUCCCAGGAGCCUGCUGUCGAGAUAGCUCUGAACAACUGCUCACAAGUGCAGUCACAUUCUGCCUCUGAUGAGCAGAACACCAGCACCUUCAGCAUUUAAGACUUGUUAUAUACUAAUUUUCUAC